GGGGGGUAACAUUGGAUCUUAUAUGGCGUCCCAUUGAUUUCAGCACCUCGUUCUGCAAUGCCUUGGUUGGGUUCAAUAUGGUUGCUAAUAUUUCUCAAGAUUAGUGGAGGUGAGGAGGGGAGUAAUUAAAGGCUCGGAAACAGUUUCAGUUCAGAAAGAUGUUCCUUUCUCGGCAUCUUCUUUGCACCAAUAGUCGAGCAGGUGCUUACAUUGACCGAUUCAGAAUUUAAAAAAAAACUUUUUGAGGGAGCAAACCGUAGCGAACUCCGAGAGUCAGGAUGAUUUUUCACUUUGAUUCUAUACAGUGACAAUUAUAUGCUUACUGACAUGCGACCCGCUCCCUUAAACCCCUCCAACUUCCUAAUGUUACGCUCCUAUAUACCUGCUUUAUGUUUAGUUUUGGGAUUUGCAUACCAUAGAACAGAGAAAGUGAACUUAAGUGUUUGCAUCAAGGGAGAAAUUUCCAUUGUUAUCACCAGGGAAUCAGAUGAGCAAUGCGGAAAGAUUAUUGAACAGUAAUGAUCAUGCUGACGGCAUAAAGUGGCCUGAAAAAUAUCAUGAAUGUGGUGAUGCUAGACUUGGAGUUGUUGACGAAUUCAGAUGAAAGGUCACUAAGAUACUCACAGUAAGAGCUGAAAACGGACCGCGAAUGCAAACAUCUCACCGAGAGUAAACCCGUUCGCAAAUGUUUGAUCGUCUCGUGUCUCGCCUCCCGUAGUGGGACAAGAUAACAUUCGCGACAGAAGGAAGGAAUUCCUUUCUUCAUUUUCACACCAUGUUGACGAUGUUCGAGGAUUAUUCUCAGUAAAUUGAAAACUCAUCCGCUGAUCUCAACGCAUAAUCCGUUAAAAGCAACGCCCAAGUCAUCUUACAUUCUGCGAUAUUCGAACAUUGUUUACACAUUAUUAUGAAAGAGUUUGGACUAUGUGUUAUGUUUUAACAGCCAGGUGUGACGUCUUUUUUCCUCGCUGGAGUCCGAACGGUACUUUUUGGUCAUCUUGACGUCAAUUCUCCUAUUUCACCUGUAAUCUGAUAAAGGCAACUCCCCAAACAACAUCCAUUCUGCGACUCUUCAUCUAGUCGCCAUCGUUAUGAAAUACGCAUGUUGAAGAAGAAAAAGAAAAUGAUUUUGUCAUUUUUUAACAAUUUUAAGACAUGCAUCAUUUUGCCUAUCUCGGAGUCCGAUGAUAGUGGAAAAAGAAUUGCAAUGUAUUGUCUCAACUAACUCACUGAACACUAGCGUUCGAGAUUCAUCACAUCUAAAAUUAUGAGAAAUUUGCACUAAGUAUUGAAAUGACAUAAAACAGGAAGUGUUUGGUUAAAAAAGUUUUCGGAAUUUUGUUUCACAAUGUACUUGAGUGCAUGAUCAUCGAUGCACACUGAACAUCUAGAACAACUACAUCAUCCUAAAUUCGUUUUUGUGUCGUAUGUCAGAAAAGCAGUCUUUGAUACAAAGUAAGCCCUUGAUUCUGGAUAGGAACAACAUUGUUUGGAACCAGGGACGGAUACUAAUAUUUUGAUCAGUGAUUGAAAAUAGCUGGACCCUAAACGUGAGAUGCAAGGUUCGGAACCCUUUAUGAGCGACAUGGGGCUUGUACCCGUAGCCACCGGGGAGAGGGAGGUAUCUCUUCACCUCUACCGCCGUAAUAGCUGCCAACAGGAAAGGUUGCAGCAUGAUCUGCAACGGCUUCAGUACCAGCAAGAGCGAGUGUUGCGAAAAGCCAACCGCGAAAUCAUCGAUCUUAACUUGGAACAGAAAAAGCGACGAGAGACCUUAAAUCGUCCCCGACGUCGAUCAGAGUGCCUGGGAGUUCAAAGACAUCCGGGUUCCAGCGACAACCACCCCCACGGUGAUCAUCGUUCACUUAGUCGACUCAAAGCAAGCAGCCAUAGCAGUAUUCAUAGUCCUGUUUCCCGCUCGCCGUCAUCGCCGUCUUCGUCGACCAGUGGGUCGUUUCCACGACGUCGAGCUUCCAUCAGCACACCGACAAGUCUUCCGCCGUUGCCGCGUGCAACAACGACAACAGAAGCUUCAAGCUUUAGCCCGGUUGAGCGCCCGAAGUCGAGAUCAUUUGAAAAACUGCAUUCGAGUUCUUCCACCUCGGUCGCCACUAAGUCGUCAUCGUCCAUACAUGAGAUAUACAUGGACUCCAAAUCGAAGAAAGACUUGACUAGAUUGAAGAAGGCCUCAGAUCGAUGGCGCAACGCGGCUCAUCAAGUUACGAGCGUCGAGAGAUCGGGCAAGCCUCCCAUUCCGACGAGCUCGUUUGCCAGUUCGUCCACCGAUAAUAAAUACGAGGUGCACAAGACGUCGAAGGUCUUCGACAGACUGAGUAUGGAUACGAAAACUUCCGCCAUGUCUUCGGAUAGUUUUCUCAAGUUGCUCAAGAAUAAAUACAAGAAAUAAGACACGAGAUCACUCUCAAAGACAUAGUGGCCUUUAGUGGGCAUAUCUUAAUAAUAAGUGCAUUUACACAGACAUUUCAAUAAUGCCGUGGCAUAUUUUGACUGCUCUACCAAAAAUAUUACCUUUUAAUUUUUUUCUAUCUUUUUUUCUUUUCUUUCAUUUUCAUCUUGAAUCUUGCUGUACCAUAAUUUUAUAUAGGCCCUAAUUAUUCGCUUUUUUGAGCAUCAUAUUUCGUAGCCGUCUUCAUGUUUCGCAUGACGUGUUACAGCUUCUGGUGGUAUUCUUUGCGGUUUUUAAAUCUCAAUUUGGUUGCAACUUCCUUCCUCGCCCCUUUUCAGUCUUUCUCACAGUUCAAAACUGUAAAUUGUAUGUUUUUCGUAACUCGAUUAAGGGUGGAAGGUGGACCGGUUGAAUUGGGGGCAUUAAGCAUUAAUAUGUCACAUUCCCAAAAAACAUAAGUGGGGACAAAUAAUUGUAUUCACAUACUUCAAAAUUA